AACAUCAUUAACGUGGAUCGAGAGGAUGUGCUGAGAGCUGGAAGGAGGGCAUUUGCAAACAAAACAUUCCAUCCCGAAAGAGGAUUAAGUGUGCGUUUUUCGGGAGGACAAGGCAUUGAUAACGGUGGACCUAGUUGUGAGUUCUACCGCCUCGCAAUGUGUCAAAUUAGGGACUCACCUAUUUUUCAAGGCGAAAUGAAUGAAAAAAUUUUGUGCCCUGAUAUUAACUACAAACUUGAACCGGAUGAUGUUGAUGCUCUGUUUUUGCCGGUCUUCAGUGACGAGGGGAGCAACGAUUACAGAAAAGAACUGAGGACACAGACAAAUUGGCGAGAUUUGUUACAGGAUUUGGGGGGUGAAUUUACGUUGCAGGUUGUUAUAGUUUUUAAACGCCCACAUUUUCAUCCUUUCAAACACCCUAUAAAUGGUGCUGACACGUCACCAUAUGCCAAUACAUGUUCACAUAAUUUGGCAAUUCCAGUUAUUGAAGAAUAUGAAGAUUUCAAAAAAGUAAUGCUUACAGCAUUACAACUUGGUUUAACUUUUACAAAUUUUUAA